UCCACCCCACCCCCAUGAUUCUGCCUAGACCCAAGGCUAUUUUGACCUCCUUCUUGCAUUGCGUAGAAGGAGCCACCACUGGGGAGCAAGAGUUGUGAGGACAGCUCCAACCCUCAGAAAAAAAGGGCAAGGGAGUGAAGUGUUUGGAGCCUGGACCAGUAGAGGACCUACCAAAGACAUCUGUGCCAAGGUGGAUUUGGAGUCACAAGGAUUUUGGUUCAAAUGCCAGGUCCAGCAUUUAGUCCCUGUGCGACCUCCAACUCCCCAGAGCCCCUGAAAGCCAGGAUGGGCCAGCUGUCCUACAAACUGUACUGUGGUUUUGGGCUGUGUCUCCUGUUGCUCUGGAUCUGUUGCCGCCAGCUGGAGACCCCCACAACUGACAGGGAAACUAUCAGCACAGACACCUCCGACCACUGGCAGCUCACGCAGCAGCUCCGCCAGGAGCAGCUGAGCACCGCCUGCAAGAAGCGUGGCCUCUGGAAGUCCGACAGUCAACUCGUGCCCAAGCAAGUAGCCCGGCAGCUGCUGGUGGAGCGCAAUCACCGCCUGCUGUUCUGCGAGGUGCCUAAGGCGGGCUGCUCCAACUGGAGGCGGGUGCUCCUGCUGCUCGCCCUCAACCUGAGCCGCUGGGACCCGGCCGAGGUGGCGAUGGACAGGCUGCACACGACGAGCCUCCUGCAGCGGCUCAAUUCCUUCCAGCCCCGCGAGUGCGACCUCAUGUUGAAGCACUACACCCCGGUGCUGGUCACUCGCCACCCGCUGGAGCGCCUCGUCUCCGCCUACCGGGACAAGCUCCUGCACUCGGAGCCCUACUACAUGCACGUGGCAGACAAAAUACGCACCGCCGUCCGCGGGUCCCGGGCCCCGAAGAACCAGCGCAACCUCACCUUCCCCGAGUUCGUGACUUUCAUUCUGCGGCAGCCGCCCGCCGACCUGGACGUCCACUGGAAGCCCAUAGCGUUGCUCUGCUCGCCUUGUAGCGUGCGCUACGGUGUGCUGAUCUGGCACGAGAACAUGAGCUCGGAGGCGGAGCAAGCGUUGCGCUUCCUGGGAAUCCCUAGCCCGGGGCUCUUUCCCUCCGCCAAGGUGCACCAGAGCGAGAAGCGCACGGACGACCAGCUCACUCGCCACUACCUUGGUCAGCUCAGCCCCGAACAGCUGAGCGGCCUCUACAACCUGUACUUCCUCGACUUUACGCUCUUUGGGUAUCAUAUACAGAACCCCUGACUACUAUCGUGCCCUGGAUGGAAGCUGGAGGCUGACUUCGUUAAGUUCCUAAGAGUUAGGAGGAGGACAGAGAUAAAAUAAAACCGAACAGUCUGCCCUCAAGAAGCUUACGUGCACCUGGGUGUAAAACAAAGAUACAAGGAGAAGUAAAUAUAAGAUAAAUAAGAAAUAAAGAAAAAGCAAAUUUCGUUGGAUCAAAACACUAAAAGCUCGGGGUGGGGGGUGGAUCUGGAAAGACCUUUAUAGGAGGCAGAAUUCGAACCUUAACGAUCCUUGAAGGAAGUUAGGGAUUCAAAGAAACAAAAAGGAAGAUGGGGCGCGGGGAAGGGCAUUCUUCCUGUGGGGUAUGGAGUGUAAUGAAUGAGGGUGCCACGAGGAGGCCAGGGUGGCUGGAACAUAAAACCCAUCUGAGGGUAAAGAAGUGGAAUCCCAACUGGGUUUCUAAACCUCAAGGGGCUGGAGUUGCUCCCUCAUAUAGGGCAAUUGCUUCUCUGUGACUCAGUCAGUGAGUAACUCAGUCACAUUGCAGUGGUUUGUAAAUCAACUAUGGGUGGGGAUAGCGAGGAGGAGUUUUACAGCCACAGACACCCAGGCACUAGAUGUCAAACCACACACACCUUUCUCAAGCCCAAGUUAUAGCUGUGUUAUACAUACGCAGGGGAAAGUUUAUUUACCUCCUAUUACAGGAAUGCCCUCUGGGAGGAGCAAAGGGUUUCUGUCAGCUUUCUUCCUGGGUUGGCUCCUUGCUUCCUUGCUUCCUUCCUUCCUUCUUUGCUUCCUUCCUUCCCUUCCUCCCU